AUGGAAUGGGAGGGAGAGAGUAUCAAGUCAGUAGGAUCCAACAAGAUAGUAGAGAGAAGAAAGAAAGAAAGGAAAGGGAAGGAAAAGGAGGAGGAGGAGAAGAAGAAGAAGAAGAAGGGAAGGAAGAAAAGGGAAGGGAAAGGGCAGGUGACAUGGAUGGGCCAACCCAGAAAUGGGGAGAACAAGAAGAAGAGGGAAGGAGCGGUUCACUUUGCUCUCACUUGCUACUUUGGGAUGUGUCUCUAUAGAUACGCAUGGGAUGCAUUGGACCAAGGGAGGACAUUGAAGGAGUAUUCUACAGCACGGGUGGAUUAUGAUGGGGACUGA